AAUCAGUACCAAGAGUCUUAAAAGCCACCUCAGGUUAAUCGUGAGAAUUAAAUGAAAUAUGUCACAGCCCAUACCACACAGGAGAUACCCAAUAAAACUUGCUUUUCCUCUUCUAUCGAACAAAAAAAGCACACUGCAAAACUAAAAUGCUGCGUCAGAACAUUAAUGCACAAGUUUCUGAGUUUUUUUCUCAACCUCAAAGUGCAACCCCUUUUGAACCUAAACAAAAAUGAAUCAAAUGGAAAAAGGAAGAACAAAGAUGUGCACAUCUCGCGAGUGGCGCUUGGGAACUCGAAAGUCUCUGCUCAGCCUAUAGGCUGGAACCCAGGGCCACUACGCUCCCCCAGCUGCGGGGGUUUCCCUAGAGAAGGAGGCACCGCUUCCCCAUCUGUUGUGCGGCUGCGCAGUAGAGGCAAAUGUCCCUUCACAGCCGCCAUAAGCCGCGAGGCCCAGGAGCGUGUUAUUAUUGGCUGGGUGUGUUUGGCGCCAAAGCGGAGGCGGAGGCGAGUAUCUGCGGCUGUGGGACUGCGAACCAUAGUACCUUAGAGAGGGGGCCGUGAACCCAGCGACUGUUUGGCGUGAGAGCGGUCGGUUUAGGAAGCUGCAGGGCCGGGGCGCGUCCGACAUGUUCUGCGAAAAGGCCAUGGAGCUGGUCCGCGAGCUGCACCGCGCGCCAGAAGGGCAGCUGCCAGCCUUCAAUGAGGAUGGACUCAGGCAAGUUCUGGAAGAGAUGAAAGCUUUGUAUGAACAAAACCAGUCUGAUGUGAAUGAAGUGAAAUCAGGUGGACAAAGUGAUUUGAUACCAACCAUCAAAUUCCGACACUGUUCCUUGUUAAGAAAUCGACGCUGUACUGUAGCAUACCUGUAUGAUCGACUGCUUCGGAUCAGAGCACUCAGGUGGGAGUAUGGCAGCGUCUUGCCAAAUGCUUUACGGUUUCACAUGUCUGCUGAAGAAAUGGAGUGGUUUAAUCAUUAUAAAAAGUCCCUUGCUACUUAUAUGAGGUCACUGGGAGGAGAUGGAGGUUUGGACAUCACACAAGAUAUGAAACCUCCGAAAAGCCUAUAUAUAGAAGUGCGGUGUCUAAAAGACUAUGGAGAAUUUGAAGUUGAUGAUGGUACUUCAGUCCUAUUAAAAAAAAAUAGCCAGCACUUCUUACCUAGGUGGAAGUGUGAGCAGCUGGUCAGACAGGGCAUUCUGGAGCAUGUGCUGUCCUGACGUUGGGCUGAGGUGCUGCCAGGCUUUUCCCCAUGGUGUGAGGAAGAGCCAAGCCACGGAAAGUUCUACAUGUCCUUCUCCACCUUCCCCUGUUUGGUUUUAAAAGUUACAGACAUUCUUGAAGAUAAACAGGAAUAUCUGGCUGAGGAGUAUCCUUUUGUACCGGAUUCUUCUUCCUCUUUGUAAUAAGCUGUAUCUAUAAUCCUAACAUUCCUGUAGUUAUUAAAGUGUGUUUUUUAACAAUUUUUUAAUGAAAGUAAUGAAAAUGAAAUGUAAUGCAAAAGUAAUGAAAGUAUUUGAAUUUCUUAGUUUUUCCCCCAAUAGUAAUGAUUAUUUUCAUUAAUGAACAUCUCUGAUGUUGCCCACGGUAUAGUAUACUAAGUCAUAAAACAUAAAGUACAAAUCCAAGGAAGGUAGUAAUACCUCUCCUAAGUUACAAAACUUUGGCAAAUUAAUACAGUAUUCUCUUUAAUACAAUAAAAUCCUUUUUUGUUGUUGUUGGAGUCAUGUA